CGUUCCAUUAUGUAAAUACAAAGUUAAAAUAUUGCUUAUAAUAGGUAGGUAGUUAGUUAUCUCUUAAUGGGUGUGUACAGUUAUCGAUGAACUAAUGACCCACGAUUGAUCAAACGAACAACUUAAAAUUCAGUGUUAUUCGAAACGUGAGACUAAAAAUGUCAGCUGUAACAAUCUCUGGAGUAAAUUCUAUGGCUGAUGACCAGUUUGAGUGGGUGUUUGGGAAUGUCAUAGAGCUGUGUGCCGACGCCGCGGUGCAAGUAAAGAAAAAACGUCCGUUCAACAACUUAGCCGACCUUUGUGCAGCGUUCCACAAAUAUUUGGACAAUCUUAGUGUUGAAGGUAAAUUAGAAAUAUUGCAGUCUCAUCCAGACCUCGCUGGACGGUUAGCCGCACAAGGGGCGCUCACAAAGGAAUCCACUGAGGAGCAGAGAAGUGCCGGCCUUCAAGACGUCACCAGCGAACAAAAAUCUACCAUCGACUCAUGUAAUAAACGUUACAAGGAGAAAUUCGGAUUUCCCUUUAUUAUCUGCGCAAGAGAAAACAAGGUGCUGUCUAUUAUUGAAGGACUGCAGAAACGUUAUCAUAACACAAGGGAACAAGAAAUAGAAACUGGAAUAGACGAAGUAAAGAAGAUUUGUAAACUGAGAAUAUUAGACAUUGUUAAAAAUUAACGACCUUUUCGUUUAAAUAAAGAGUUUUCAAUAAAAAUGCGUUAUUACU